GAGGACAAGUUGAACCGGAUGGUGUUCCGAAAGUUGCCCGGCGUGUCUGCGUCAGGCAUGGGGCUGCGUCUGUCACAGAAGUUUGUCUUCUUGCUCUUCCUGUCGGGCCUGGUGACCCUUUGCUUCGGGGCGCUUUUCUUCCUGCCCGACUCGGUGAGGCUGAAGCGCAUCUUCCUGUCCAAGAGCGAGAGCCAGCCGGCGACAGCGGCGGGCUCCGGCGUGGCUGAAAACGAUGCGGUCGAGCGCCCCAAGAGACCCCGAGAGCAGGAGCGCCCGCGCGGUGUGACCUCCGCCAAGGGGGAGAGCGGCGGCGGUGGAGGAGGCCUCGCCAGGUUCAAGGCUCUCGCCCGAAAAACGCCCCCGUCCUACGAGGCCACCGAGGAACGUCUGGCAGGCGGGAAAGCGCAGGAGGACCUGUCGGAGAAAGCGUCCUUGCCCGCCUCCGCCGCCGCCGCCUUCUCCUACAAGAACUUCCGCGGGUGUCUCCUGAAGAACCCCCUCGGGAAAGAUGGCGGCAAGCCCGGCGACCCCAAGACGGACGAGCGGCGGGAGAAAGUCAAAGAGAUGAUGAAAUUUGCCUGGGACAACUACAAGCAGUACGCCUGGGGCAAGAAUGAGCUUAGGCCUUUAACUAAGAACGGGCAUAUUGGCAACAUGUUUGGUGGCCUGAGAGGCGCAUCCAUCGUCGACUCGCUGGACACGCUCUACAUUAUGGGGCUCUUGGACGAGUACAGCGACGCUAAGGAGUGGGUGAGGAACAGCCUGGACCUGACCUCGAAUGGUGAAGCGUCGCUCUUUGAGGUGAACAUCCGUUACGUCGGUGGGCUGCUGUCGGCGUACUAUCUGACGGGAGAGGAGCUAUUCAAGACUAAAGUCCUGGACUUGGGGGCCAAGUUGCUCCCAGCCUUCAACACGCCGACGGGGAUCCCGCGAGGAGUCAUCAAUCUGGGGAGCAGUGGCAGCAGUUGGAGUUGGGGGUGGGCGUCGGCCGGGAGCAGCAUCCUGGCCGAGUUCGGGACCCUGCACCUGGAAUUCGUCCACCUCAGCGAGCUCUCCGGCGACCCCGUCUACACCGAGAAGGUGAUGAACAUCAGGAAGGUGCUGAAUAAGAUCGAGAAGCCUCAAGGCCUUUACCCCAACUUCCUCAGCCCAGUCAGCGGAAACUGGGUCCAACAUCACGUGUCCAUCGGUGGACUGGGCGACAGUUUCUACGAGUACCUCAUCAAGUCAUACCUGAUGUCAGACAAGACAGACGAGGACGCCAAGAACAUGUACUACAACGCUCUGGAGGCGAUCGAAAGCAACCUGGUGCAGAAGUCGCCCGGUGGCCUGACCUACAUGGCCGAGUGGCGCGGGGGCAUCCUGGACCACAAGAUGGGCCACCUGGCCUGCUUCUCCGGGGGCAUGAUCGGCAUCGGCGCCGACGACGGCGCGCCCGACAAGCGCCAGCACUACCUGGACUUGGCCGCCGAGGUCACUCACACCUGCCACGAGAGCUACGACCGCUCGGCCACCAAGCUGGGACCCGAAGCGUUCCGGUUUGACAGCGGCGCCGAAGCCACGGCAACCCGGCUGAGCGACAGAUACUACAUUUUGAGACCCGAGGUCAUCGAGAGCUACAUGUACAUGUGGAGGCUGACCCAUGACCCCAAGUACAGGGAGUGGGGGUGGGAAGCUGUGGAGGCACUGGAGAGGCACUGCCGAGUGGAGUCGGGCUUCUCGGGAAUUCGUGACGUUUACACGUUGAGCGACAACCACGACAACAUGCAGCAGAGCUUCUUCCUCUCUGAGACCCUCAAGUAUCUGUACCUUCUGUUCUCCGACGACGACCUCCUGCCCCUGGAGGACUGGGUCUUCAACACGGAGGCCCACCCUCUGCCCGUGGUCCGCAAGAGCUGCCUGCAGGACCCGUCGUCCGCCGCGCAGGACAAGACUAAGUCCGGGUGAGCGCCACACCCCAACCCCGUCGAGACCCUGAACGUUUGGCAUCCAGCUAAGCGUGCGGCUCCAAGGGAUGCGUUCAAGUUCCUUUCCAGUAAAGGACGUCGUGGGUUCUUCACGCUGUGAUUGUAUAUUCUAUCUUCUAUCUUUUCUUUUUUUUUUUUUUUUUUUUUGGGGGGGGGUGGACAAUCAAAGACAAAACUUUUACGGACACCUUUUCUUUCCUCUGUGAGGAAAAAUGAGCUCAACAUUGUCAGGAAAUCCACUUUGAGAUUGUCGUGUUUUUUUUUUUUUUAAGGAAUGAUUUCGCUUCGCUGACCAAAGGUUUUCUUCCCCCGCGCCCCCGCCAGCCGCCUGCACUCACGUCUUUGCUAUAAUAAGCAACCAAUUGUAAUAAUAAGUACUGAGAGCUCCAGAAUAUUCCAUUGAUGUCAUGUUUCUUGGUGAAACUUUAAAGAAUCGCAUCAGGAAAAGUGUCUUAUGCAUCUUGGGACCAUUGUAAAAAAUAAAAAAUAAAAAAAGAGGGGAGAGGACACAUUUGGUUUUAGUCUUUUGGCUUUUUUUUUUGGGGGGGGGGGGUCUCACAAUGAUUUAGACAAUGGAUGCCAAGCUCUAAUGUGAUUUCCUGUUCCGUUUGUUUCCGCCGACACUGAUUUUUGUUGGUUUUAUCAGCACUGUACAGAAAAAAAAAAUCCUUUUGUGAUCGCUCUACUUUUUUUUUCUUUCCAGUCAAUUUGCUUCCCUCAGGUGUUUCUGUAAGAAAAAAAAAGGAGGAAAACUAACGUUUAAAAACAGUGUUAAGAGUUAAAGUCUACUUUUUGGGAAUAUUUGAAUUCUUAUUAUUAUGACUUAUGAAUUAAUGUUUGUUUUAACUUGGGUUGUUGAGUAUUUUCAAAUACUGGUUUAAAAAAAAUAAAUAAGAGCUGUGCAACUUUGUACCUUUAAAAGAAAAAAUGUUGUGUUGUAUUUGUUGGUUUGCCGACUUUUUCGUUCACAUGACUGAAAGAAAGAAUCGACCAAUCAACAGCAGGGCCGGGCACAAAGUGAGUAAUGCGGUUUGUAUUCAGGUAAGGUUUCAAAACAAGGUUCAAGUUUCAAAUUAGAGCUUUCAAAAAAUCUGGGUUUCGGGACAGAUCUUUAAAUUACUAUAUGACAAAAAGAGAAAAUACUAUAUUGUUGUCAUAUUAGGCUGGCUCAGCCUGUGUGGAGUUUGCAUGUUCUCCGGGCACUCCCGUUU